UUGUCAUUUCCCUAAAACAAACCGUAUUAAUGCGUAGCUAAUGAAUAACUUUUGAAGUGUUGGCAUAAACUUAUGACGAUAUUGUGACGGUAUAGUACUGUAUAUACCAACGUUAUCUAGACUGAGAUAUUAUUAUACAGUACAAGCUUUGCAGAAUCGUGCACUAAUUUCUACUUGAUACUACCGUCAAUAAACAAUAUAUUUUUCUUAUAUUGAAAUAUUGAAAUUCAAUCAAGCAAAUAAGUAACCGAGUCGGUCAUUUUUAAGCAAAGUGUCUUCGGUAUCCUAAUAAUCAUGUAUUCACCGAUGUAUGGCGCUACUGACUUCGUAGAAGAAGACAUUAUCGUAGACCAGCCGUUUGGUGGCGGUGUAAGAGAAGAAAUGAUACCGGUAACCGUAGACCAGUCGUUUGGUGGCAGUGUAAGAGAGGAAAUUAUACCGGUAAACGUAAACCAGCCGUUUGGCGGGGGUCCGUUUGCUGGUGGUGUAAGAGAAGAAAUGAUACCAGUCAACGUAAACCAGCCGUUUGUUGGUGGUGUAAGAGAAGAAAUGAUACCGGUUAAUGUAAACCAGCCGUUUGGCGGCGGUCCGUUUGUUGGUGGCAUAAGCGAAGAAAUGAUACCGGUAAACGAUAACCAGCCAUUUGUUGGUGGUGUAAGAGAAGAAAUGAUACCGGCAAACUUAAACCAGCCGUUUGCCGGCGGCCCGUUUGGUGGCGGUGUAAGGGAAGAAAUGAUGCCUUUAAAUGUUAACCAGCCGUUUGGUGGCGGUAUCAGAGAAGAAAUAAUACCGGUAAAUGCAAACCAGUCGUUUGGCGGCGGUCGUACUAUAGUCGUUGAGGAAAACGACCGCCACCACAACAGUGAUUUUGAUUUAUGCCCGUGCGGCGUAUGCCUAGGAACUUUAUGCGGAAUAUUAACCUGUUGUAUUUUGUGUGAAAAAUGAUAAUAACCCAGGAAAGAAACUAUGUAAGAACGUAGUAAUCAUUGCAGUAGGCCGAGGGAUGAGAAGAAAAAUAAGCCGUUUAAAAACAGUAUUUUACAUUUUGAGAUUAUCACAUUUUCUAAGUUUGCAUUUAUCUUUAUUUUUAUAAAUAAUUUAUUUAUGUUAUUUUUUUUUAUUACGUAGGGUAUUCUAACAUGGUCAUAUAUAAUAGUAUAUAGUCCAAUUCAAAGAUUUAUUUACGUCGGUGCUAAUUCGAAGCAAUUUUUCAUUGUCAUAGAUAACCAGUAUGUGCCAUAACCAGAUUAACCAUUUCGAUGUGUCUGCGUCAGGAAAAUAUCAUAGGAGUGAUGUUUUGCCUUUCCUGACUUGUUAUCGUACUGAAUACUCAGUACGUUUCCAAAUACG